AUGGAAAAUGGUGCUUCAUCAGAGGGCAAAGACCCAUCAGCUUUCCUCAGUGAGAUUAUCGGUGCACCAGUAACAGUGAAAUUGAACUCUGGUGUUGUUUACAAAGGUGAACUCCAGUCAGUGGAUGGCUACAUGAAUAUUGCCUUGGAGAAAACAGAAGAAUUUGUGAAUGGAAGGUUAAGGCAGACCUAUGGUGAUGCUUUUGUGCGAGGAAAUAAUGUGCUCUAUAUCUCUUCACAUUAA